ACCCUGACCGAGCCCAGUUCGGCCGCAGCUGCUCCGGCUUCAACCGGAACCAGAGCAAACGCGAACCGCAGCACAGAACUCGAGCCGAGCCGAGCCAUGCUGCCCGGAGUCGGUGUGUUCGGAACCAGCCUGACGGCCCGGGUCAUCAUCCCCCUGCUCAAGAACGAGGGCUUCGCGGUGAAGGCGCUGUGGGGCCGGACCCAGGAGGAGGCGGAGGAGCUGGCGGAGGAGAUGGACGUCCCGUUCUACACCACCCGCAUCGACGACGUGCUGCUGCACCAGGACGUGGAUCUGGUGUGCAUCAACCUGCCGCCGCCCCUCACGCGGCAGAUCGCAGUCAAAACCCUGGGUAUUGGCAAGAAUGUGAUCUGUGAUAGGACUGCCACUCCUUUGGAUGCCUUCCGAAUGAUGUCAGCAGCCCAGUACUAUCCAAAGCUCCUAAGCAUCAUGGGAAACGUGUUGCGUUUCUUGCCAGCAUUUGUUCGAAUGAAGGAACUGUUGGAAGACGGUUACAUCGGGGAACUUCUGGUUUGUGAGGCCCAGGUCCACAGUGGGAGUCUCUUGGGGAAAAAAUACAACUGGAGCUGUGAUGAUCUGAUGGGAGGUGGUGGUUUGCAUUCCGUGGGCAGCUACAUUAUCGACCUGCUUACAUUUCUGACUGGACAGCGUGCUGCGAAAGUGCACGGCUUCCUCAAAACAUUUGUCAAACAGACCGAUCACAUCCGGGGCAUUCGUCAGGUCACAAGUGAUGACUUCUGCACAUUUCAGAUGGUAUUAGAAGGUGGUGCUUGCUGCACAGUCACUCUCAAUUUCAACAUACCAGGAGAAUUUCGCCAGGAGGUGAUGGUUGUGGGAAAUGUUGGGAGGUUAAUGGUCACUGGCACAGAUCUGUAUGGACAGAAAAACAAUGGCGUUGGAGAAAGUGGCGGCGGCCCCGAACUCCUGCUCAAAGACACCACACCUCUUGACAAGGCCUCCUUGCCAGAAAAGGCUUUCAAUGACAUUCCAUCCCCUUAUCUGACUGGGACAAUCCACAUGAUCCAGGCUGUGCAGCAGGCCUUUCAGGACCAAGAUGACAGACGGACCUGGGAUGGAAGGCCCCUUACAAUGGCCGCAACGUUUGAGGAUUGUCUUUAUACUCUUUGUGUGGUGGAUACAAUCAAGAAAUCCAACCAAUGUGGAGAAUGGCAGAACAUAGUGGUCAUGAAAGAAGAACCAGAGGUAGGCCCUGCCUACUUGAUCAGUGAAGCCAUGCGUCGGAGUAGAAUGUCACUUUACUGUUAGCAUCCAGCUAAUGCACUAGUGUAAGGCUGGAGCCUUGGAAUGUUUUGAAGUUAUUUCACAGAGAUACUGCAUUCAGUUAAACUUAGCAGUUUUUAUUUUAUUUUAAACUUAUGUUGUUACCGUUAUAGAGAGAUUUU